UAGUUUAUUACGAAUUCGGCCUCCUUGUUGCUUCAUCGAGUGGGUUCUGAUACGAUCUGGGUCUCGCUUAGUGCCCAGUUCAAGAUGUGGUUCUCUAUUACGAUAUCUUUCCUGGCGGCGACCUCGGUACCCAUCGUUGCGGCACAGCUAGAUUUAUAUGCGAAGAAAGCCGGUCUGAAGUACUUCGGUGCAGCGACUGAUUCUCCCGGCCAGAGAGAGCGCGCUGGCCUAGAGGCAGCAUACCCGCAGUAUGAUGCAAUCAUAAGAGACACGAAAGAGUUCGGUCAAACUACGCCGACAAACGGCCAGAAGUGGCUCUUCACGGAACCAGAGCGAGGCGUAUUCAAUCUUACGGAGGGUGAUAUUGUAGCCUCGAUCGCUGCGGAAAACGGCCAGUUGUUACGAUGCCACACUUUAGUCUGGCAUAGCCAGCUCGCGCCGUGGGUUGGAGAGGGAGAAUGGACCCCUGAGGAACUACGUUCGAUAAUUAUCAAGCAUAUCACGCAGGAUAUGGUCAAUAAAGCACUCAACGAGGACAAAACGUAUCGCAAAUCAGUAUUCUACAACGUCCUCGGCGAAGAAUUUAUCAAGUUAGCGUUCAGCACAGCGGCGGAGAUUGAUCCUGACGCGAAACUGUAUUAUAACGAUUACAACAUGGAGUCACCGGGAGCUAAGAGCGAGGGAGCUACCAGAAUUGUCAAGUUGCUACAAGAGGCGGGGAUUAGGAUCGACGGGGUCGGGAUGCAGGCCCAUCUUGUGGCGAGUAAGGCACCGACUCUUGCCCAGCAGAUUGCCGACAUGCAAUCGUACGGCGCACUCGGCGUGGAGGUGGCUAUAACAGAACUGGAUGUUAGAGUCGAGAAACCGGCAAACGAGACCAGCAUGGGGUGGCAGGCUGAGGUUUACAAGAAUUCUGUUGGUGCGUGCGUGCAAGUUAAGUCAUGCGUAGGCGUAACGAUCUGGGACUUCUACGACCCUUUCAGUUGGGUUCCGGCUAUGUUUCCGGGCGAAGGAGCGGCGCUACUUUGGUUUGACGACUUCACGAAGCAUCCGGCCUAUUAUGCGGCUAUCGAGGGGAUGAACAAGACUGGGAAUUAUACGUAA